AUGAUCACCUGCAUCCAGCACCGAUCAGUGAUCGACGGCCACCGAAUGCAUCCCAAGCUGUACGAGCUGCUGCGAGGUCGCAGUAAAAAGUUUUCCCUCGGAGACGAUGAGGAAGCCGGUGACGAACAGCAGCAGCAGCAGCAGCAGCAGCAACAGCAGCAGCAAUCACAAAACCCCACGGACGAAAACGGUGACGGUGCGAUAGGAAGCAACAACGGCAACACACGCAGCAGCAGCACAAGCAGCAACAGCAGCAGUAGCAGCAGCAGUAGAAGCAGUAACGGUAGCGCUAGAAGCAGAAGUAACAGCACCACCGGUGGUAUGAACGGUGCACCGGAAGGUGUCCUUACCCAACCGGGAGGACUACCGAUGGAAACGGAUACAACCGAUCGGUGUCCUUCGCGAUCGGCCACAACACCAUCACCGAUGGCGGAAGAUCCGGACCGCCGGUGUGACUCACCGCCGGUGCGAGAAAUCAAGCAAGAACCGGUCAGCAUCAUCGAGCGGCCGGGUUCAACGGGUUCCUCCCAAGGACAGACACCGUCACCGACACCGACGGCGGUACCGAUGUUGCGCUUAAACGUAGCCCUGGCAGCCGAUCCGGCGGCCAAUCCGGACGCAAAGGAUCUCAAAAACCUCGGGGAGGCUGCGGCCCUUAGCGAGGAAAAGCAAUCUCACCAUCACCACCAUCAACAGCAGCACGCUCUCAAUAUGGCCAUCGGUCAUCCACCUCCAGGGUCCGCUCCGGCCGUGCUGAUCGUCCGUAAGCAAUCCUCCACGAUUAAAGGACCCGAGAUGGGGUUGCCGGUUGAGUUGCCACCCCGGUUGCCACCGAUGUAUGUGUGCGGACCCUGUGGCAUCCGGUUCUCGUCGGCAUCAACACUGGAAGCCCACCAAACGUACUACUGCUCGCAUCGGAAGGACGCAGACGAGCCAGGAGGAGGCGGUGGUGGAACCGGAGCUGGAACUUCCGGAUCCGGUGGUACGACGGUGGCUGGAGGGGGUGCUGGUACGGGUGGUACGGGUGGGGGCACCAAGAACGCACAUUCCGGUGGUGAUGGCACUGGUGAACCUCCGUCGAAGGCCCUUAAGACUGGCAAGCAGUACGCCUGUUCGCAGUGUUCGUACAGUGCUGAUAAGAAGGUUUCCCUCAACCGACACAUGCGCAUGCACCAGUCCUCACCAUCACCAUCACCCGUCGGUGCGAUCGUCAACGGAGAUGAUGGUGUUAUGCUGCACCAGCAGCAGCAACAUCAGCAGCAACAGCAACAGCAACUACAGCAGCAACAGCUGCAGCACAUUCAAGCUCAAGCGGUCGCUGCUGCAGCUGCAGUGCUUCAUCAGCAACAGCAGCAGCAGCAACACCAAGUGCAGCAAUCGCAGGGACCGGUGCCGCAGGUUGAUCGCUACUGUUCCGAUUGUGAUAUACGAUUCUCCAGCACGAAGACAUAUCGCGCACACAAGCAGCAUUACUGCAGCUCGCGCCAUCGUGAAGGCCAACAGUCUAACAACUCAACACCGAAACCAGCAACGCACAAGUCGGGCUCGCAGAGUCCACCGGAUGUGCCGAAAACGCCGCCGGUAACCGCAAGCCAGCAACCUUUCCUGGCGCUGCCCACUAACCCCAUCAUCGUGAUACCGUACUCGUUGAUUCGAGGCGCCAACGUCAUACCGGGACUGUUAUCCUCGCUUGCACCCGGGGUUGCCAAUCCAGAGUCGGCGUGUUUUAUAUUCCAAAAUGGAAGCCUGCAACCGAUCGCCAUGUCGCUAGCGUCACAAGCCGUCACGGCUGGAAUCGUACCGGGUGGUGGCUUUGAAGGACUCGCAGGAUCGCACGGUCAAACCCAGCGUACCUCGCAAACCGCACCGGGAAGCAACACCAACAGCAACAAUCCGCAACAGCAUCCUUCCCGAGGACCUACACCAAACAUAUCGAACGAUACCAACUCCACGGGUGGAUCCUCAACGGGUGAAGUUCUGAAAGCGAUCAACAAACGAGACAACACCGCAAACAAGGAUCAACCGGUCGGAUCGACACCACUCGAUUUGUCCGUGCGGCGACUUUCGCCUGGUGCCAUCGGAAGCUUGAGCCUGCGUGAACGGUCCCUCUCACUAUCGUCAGCCGUUUCGGCCGCCGACCAACGACUCGUGGACUAUGACAGCCUGAUGGAGGGCAAGGAGAAUCUCUCCGUCAGCGGAGACUCACUGACGCCGGAACAGAUCGUAUGUGCGCCAUCACUCCCGGGUAGUCCUCCACUGACACCCUCACCAAAACGACGCUCAAACAGUCCACGUGGUGGUGGUUCUAAUGCAACGGCAGCCGCAGCCGUCGCUGCUGCUGCAGCUGCAGUUGCCGCAGGUCAGCACGCCCUCGGAAGUUCCGUUCCGGGUCUCUCAAUCUCGCCGUUGACGCUACAGCAGCAGCUUAUGCGGCCGUUGCUCCCAGCAGAUAUCGCCCUGCGCCUAUCUGCGGUCGGGGAUCCAACCGUUAAUCUCAAUCUAAACAUCCUGCCCAAUGCGCAUCCGCUGCUAACGAAGCAGGGCGUCGAACUGGCACUUCGGUUGUCAUCCUCGGGUGGUGGACCAACUCCGGAUGGGUUAGCGAAACCGCAGAUAUCUCCACUCCUUACCAGCAUCUCGCCAACGGGUGGUGGUGGUCCAGGUGGUGCUUCAACCCCUGGAGGACCAACAGCUGCCGUUCUAUCCGGUCAAACGCCUCAGAUCUUCGUGAAACAGGGUGACUCCAAGUGCAAGGAGUGCAACAUCGUGUUCUGCAAGUACGAGAACUAUCUUGCACACAAAAAGCACUACUGUUCGGCACGCAAUCAGGACGACGGCGAAUCGGCAAAGGUUAGCCCACCAAUUUCACCGCAAGCAACGGCACCCGGUUCCAACGCACCCGGUGGAGUCGGAGGUUCCGUCGCGUAUCAACAGUUGAUUUGUGCGGCAUGCGGCAUCAAGUUCACCUCGCUGGACAACCUGAACGCCCAUCAGAUGUACUACUGUCCGAAGCGAAUCGACACCAACCUGCCGGUGAAUGCCACGGGAGUGACAACCGUGGUGACACCGAUGCAACCGCACAAGGAGCGUUGUUCGAAGUGCAAAAGCAUGCACGAACCGGGACAACCGUGCACGAUCGCUGGCCACGGUGCGUACAAGUGCCCGAUCUGUGAAGUCAUCAGUCCAAACUCAACGGAAGCCCGCCGGCACAUGGACACGCACGGUGGCGUGAAGGCGUUCCGGUGUACGAUCUGCCGGUAUAAAGGCAACACGCUUCGUGGCAUGCGCACUCACAUCCGGAUGCACUUUGACAAGAAGACGAACGAGUUUAACGAGGAAAACUUCAUCACCUGCAUCCUGGAGGAGGAUGGUAUCGAGAUACCGCCGGCUGGGGCACAAAACGCGGCGGCCAUGGCUGCUGUUGCGGCUGCCGCUGCCGCUGCUGCGUCUCAUGCCGCCAUCGCGUCCCAGAAACACCCGGGACAGGAGCAUUCGGACGGUGGUUCACCUCCGGUGGCACCCGGGAUCCUGGGCAACGGGCAGCUUGUGCGACAUCAGUGCGAAUUUUGUCCGUACAGCUCGAGCUACCGGAUCAAUGUGGCCAAACAUAUCAAACACGUACACGGACGGGAACGUCCGACGGCUGGUGGUUCGCCCCUUAUCGGUGAAGGAGGUGAAUCGUUGCUGUACAAUGGAACGAGUGGUGGCGAAGUGAUCACAACCGUUCUCUCAGCAAGACCUCCGAUCGCCAGCACACCCGGGCUCACGGUAGCCAGUAGUCAAAUAAUCAAAACGGAACCGAAAGAUGACGCUGGUGGCGGCUCACAGGACGAUCCGGAUACGCCCGACAUUAACGUGGACGUCGUGCUGGAAGAACCACCCAUCAAGACGGAGAUCUUCGACCCGCACAUGCCCUCGCUCAGCUCGCCGCCCGUCCUGAUGAGCGGCGGUUCACCGGUUUCACCCGGCCAGAAUCUGAAAUCGAAAUCUCAUCCAACGUCGGUGUCGUCGUCGGCGUGUUCACCUGCCCCGGGUAUGACCGAUCGGCCCACACCGUCACCACCAACGUCGGAUACGUGCGGUUCUUCACCGGCUUCGCACCAGCAGCCAUUACUUCCCGCCGGUCCGAAGCACUGUGACACGUGCGAUAUCACGUUCACGUACGCCAACACGUACAUUGCGCACAAGAAGUUCUACUGCAAGGCGGCUUCGUCGGUGACCGGUGCCGGGACGAACUCUACUGGAGGUGGAUCCGUUGUUGCUGGCCGGCGGAGUACAUCGGCAUCACCCAGCGGAGCUACCAGUCCAGCUGUUACAGUUGCGGUCAACCGAGCGACGGAGACAUCCGUUUAAAUGGCGCCCAAAAUCGACGGGGGAACCCUGUUCCCCGGUCAGUGUGUAUACGGUUUAUUGUAGUCAGCGAUUCGGAUGAAUAGGGUGCUCUAGGAGAGCGUUAGAAAAUGUUUCGUUAAGGAAUGA